AUGAUUUCACCCAAAAACAGUGCAUCUGCGGUCAGUGCUGCUUUUAUGACGGUGGAUUUGGAGAGGAUCGGUGUCAUAAGCAUCUCUCCGUGUCCUCAGAGCACCAAAUACUCCCCUAACCCUGGACACGUGUCUUUGGAGAUGAAGGUAAGAGAGUGGCUCCAUCCUCAGACUGAAGGAUGUUCCUGCGGCCGAAGCCUUAUCGACUCGGUAGAAGUGGCUGUAAUCGGCUUCUUUGAGACUGAAGCUGCUCGCGGAUAUAAAGAGUUUCUGGCUGCUGUUAAACAGAUGGAGACACUUCCUGUUGCUCUGUGCAGUGAAAAGGAAGUUUGGGCCAAAUAUGGCAUUGCAUCCGACACCAUCUCCAUCUUCAGGAAGGCUGAUCUUCAUCAGGAACACCUGAAGCUCUCAGAGGCCAAGAAAUUUGAUGCUGAUGGACUCACACGCUUCAUGACCAUCAAUAACAUUCAUUACGUCACAGAAUAUAAUCAAGCGACUGCAGUGGGUCUGUUCCAGUCCUCGGUGAAGACGCACCUGCUGCUGAUGGCUGAUGGAGGUCGUGAGCAUUCGGAGCCGCUGCAGCAGCGCUUCAGAGAUCUCGCGCCAAAAUACGCUGGCAAGAUGUUGUUUGUGCUGGUAAACGGAAGAGAGAAGUCAAACACCCGCGUGCUGGAGUACUUCGGCCUGAAGUCUCGUGAUCUGCCGCGGAUCGGUAUUUACGAUGGCGUCUCGGACAAGAAGUGGCUCAUGGCUCCGGGGGAAAUCACUACUGAGCGCGUGCAGAACUUCUGUGACUCCUUCCUGGAUGGAGACCUGCAGAAGCAGAAAGAGGCCGAAACACCCGAAGACAAGACUGAACUAUAAUAACACCAUCCUAUUCCUCAUUAAAAAUAUUCAAAUACA